UAUUUCUUGUUCUUGUUGUUCUCAAGUAAAACCAUUUCUCUCUCUCUCUCUCUCUCUCUUCUUCUUUCCAAUUCAAAAACUUUAUGUGUUUUCUGUGUUUUUGAUUUGGUGAUUGUUGUUGGGGUUUGAUUGGAAUUUGGUUUUGUUUUGGGAAAAAAACAAAAAAUCCAAGAGAAAGAAAAAGUGGAUAUUAAGGAGUAAAAGCAGCAGCAGAAGAGUAGGAUUGUUGGAGUUUUGGGCAGCAGAGAUUACAGAGCGCUAAUUUUUAUCCGGAUUUGUUGUGUUGUUACAACGUUAGAUGUUUUUGAUAGAUAUAGAUAGACAGAGAGACAGAUUUUAAUAUUGUUUGAGAAAAUAUAGGAUUCUCCUCCAUAACAAACACACCCCAAAAAUAUCUUUGUUUUUUUAUUUUUAGUUUAAUUUUAUUUGAUUGAUUCAAAGGAUUUUCUUUUGCCUUUGGAAAGAGGCCAUGGCUGCCGCUGCUGCACCUCAAUUUCAUCACAACUCUCUUAGAAAAGAGGAGGAAGAAGAGAAAGAUUCAAACCCGCAUGUCCAAUCCACAGAAUUCUUCAAUUCCAAUCUGGCUCACAGCAAGGAUGGGAGCCCAUCUGAUACAGCAUCAUGUAUAUCGACCGUGGGAGAUACAAACGCCAGUGUAAAAAAAAGUGAUGCAGAUGCAGAUGCAGAUUAUGAAUCCCUGACUUCUUAUCCGCCAACUGCAUAUUACGGAUACACCUAUCCAGGUUAUGAAAUGGAAAACAAUGGAUACUAUGUUGGUGGAACAGGGAUGGAGAUGCAAUAUCCAGUCAUGCAAGCAGAUAAUGGAUCUUUUGUCUACUUGAUGCCAGGAUUUCAGCCUGGUUAUGAUCCCUACUCGCCAUACAUGCCCAUUUCUCCAAUCGGUAGUGAUGGGCAAUAUGUUGGUCAACAGAUGUAUCCCUCCCUGAGUCCCGUGUACCAAGCUCCUAUUUCCCCCGGAUAUAACCCUUCUCUUCUUCCUUAUGGGGAGUUCGUCCAAUCACCCUACUUGUGGGAUCCAUCUCCUGUUGUUGGAGAUGGAACAGUCGGAAGUCCCCACAAAGCAGUCUUAGAAACACCGCCCUAUAAACCUAAUUUCUCUUCCCCUAGUCACACUCGUGCUCCACUCUCUAAAUCUCCCAAGCCGUUGGAUGUUUCAUCAGGUUAUGGUGCGCGAAAUCAGUCAAAACCAGCAAACAAGGCCUCGCUGCGUCCCCCAAGUCUUCAAACAGAGGCACUAGCGAAAGGUUACUUUCCGGUAUCAAAGGUUCCGGUCUAUAACCAAGGGACAGGCGGACUGCUCUAUCCAAACAAUUCUCCGACUUUAAAACCAAAUGCAAGGGGCUGGGGUGGCUCUGACAAGUUGAAACCAAGAAGUAAGGCUAAUGGCGUUAAGGAUAUUAAUCUAUUUAAUGAGAAGAACCAUGGCCCCAGAACAACCAAUCCUAAAGGUGCAUUGGUGCCCGGAGCUGACAAGGAGAAUGAAAAUUCUGAUGGCAUAGCCUCUGUCAUCAGGAAGGAUCAAUAUAACCUCCCGGACUUUCCAACCAAAUACAAGCAAGCACUUUUCUUUGUCAUCAAAUCUUACAGUGAAGAUGAUAUUCAUAAAAGCAUCAAAUACAAUGUGUGGGCUAGUACUCCCAAUGGAAAUAAGAGGUUGGAUAGUGCAUAUCAAGAUGCACAAGAGAAGGUGGCACAGAAGGGCUACAAGUGUCCCGUCUUCCUCUUCUUUUCGGUUAAUGCUAGUGGUCAGUUUUGUGGAGUAGCUGAGAUGAUUGGUCGUGUCGACUUCAAUAAGAACAUGGAUUUCUGGCAGCAGGAUAAGUGGAAUGGUUAUUUUCCGGUCAAGUGGCAUAUCAUAAAAGACAUCCCAAACCCACAGUUACGACAUAUAAUACUUGAGAACAACGAGAACAAGCCCGUGACCAAUAGUAGAGACACUCAAGAGGUGAAACUUCUUCAGGGUAUCGAAAUGCUGAACAUUUUUAAAAAUUAUAUGUCAAAGACAUCAAUACUGGAUGACUUUGAUUUCUACGAAACCCGCCAGAAAAUGAUGCAGGAGAAGAGGAUCACACAAUCUACACCCUACUACGAACUGCAGCAGAAAAUGAGUGAGUUAAGUGUCAGUGCUGAGUAGGGGCCUAAGGUGAAAGGCAAAGGAAAGGAUGCAGAGAUAUGGGCAUAUGACAGAUUAUAAACCAGAAACUGGAGUCGACGGUUUUCGAGCAGCAGUUAAAAUAUGUAAAUUUGCAGAUGAAAUUCAAAGGCAUGAGAAUGAAGAGGUGUCGCUGUUUCCCUUUCAAGUUUCCGUCGAAAGAAACCGAGGUACGAAAUGCUGGUUUUGGAAGCACCUAACGAUUCAUAUGCCUGUGGAAUCCAAGUUCUCUGCCCUUCCUCUGCCUGCAUACAUAUAGCUUUUGUCUUCAGCAUAAAAGUGUAUUUGGUUCUUUGUUUUGUGUUCCCACCUCUCACUUAGUUCUCCUGAAAUUCACAAUUGUAAUUGUAAUUGUAAAAAAGAAAAAAAAGGAAGAAAAAAAAAUGAUAGUUUAUUUAUGAAAGUAUUCAUACAGCUGAGCGCAAUGGCCUUAGAGAAUUCAUACAGACGACGCUACUUAGUGGAAUAAGAUAUUGUUAUUAUU